UGAAUUUCUGCACGGAGCGAGAGAGAGAGAGAGAGAGAGAGAGAGAGAGAGAGAGAGAGAGAGAGAGAGAGAAAAUCUCCCUUCUUCUAGAGCAGCACACUGCCACCGCUCGUUCCCACAGAAGAGAGGGAGACAGAGUGGAAUAUUGGCUCAGUCACUCCGCUUUGGAGAGGGAGACAAAAGGAGGCUUGUUCCCUCUGAAGAGAGUGGGAUCCAGAGAGAGGCUUGUUGCAUACGUAGAGAAGGUGAUGGAGAGAGAUUCGCCAACCACAUCCCUCUCUCUUGUAUAAGCAGGAACACAUAGAGAGACCUCUCUCUCUCUCUCUCUCUCUCUCUCUCUCUCUCUCUGAUGAACCCAAUCUGAACCAGAGAGUCAUCCAGAAUGCCUUUGUAUGACAACCCAAUUUCAGGAACCACAGAUGCUUCUAUCACCCACACCAAGAAGCACCCAUCCUCAACAAUUCAACUAAGGAAGCAUCUUCCUUCAAAAUGGGACGAAGCAGAGAAGUGGGUCAAGACCAGCCCUUUGCACCCCCUUCAGUCCCCACGCUCAGUGAAGAGCACCAAAGGAAACAAGAGAAUUGACAAGCAGUUCCAAUCGUCGGCCACCAUGGUUCCUCUCGCUAACCGUUCCUUUGAAGCUCCUCUGGAUGACAACCCACCAAGAAAUUUUCUCAAAGACAGGUUUAUGGACAUUGGUAAAGGCGUCUACAACGGUCUGGAAUAUGCAGAAGCCGGCCGAGUGGGAAAUAAUGCAGAUGGAUGCAGUCUGAAAAGCAGGAAACUAUCUGCCUCUUCUGUACUUAAUACUCAAGCGACAACUUCUACUGUGAUGAGCAGUAUUGGACUCUUUGAAGGGAGCUCGCUGAAUAACUGGAAUUCGGGAAACGAAAAGGAAGAAGUAGUGUGGAGUGGUUUGGAGAAUGGUUUUGCUAGAGCAAGGAAGCAUGUGCAGGAUGAGAAGGAGAGUAGGCAAUGCUGCAUCAGGUGCAGAAGAGAGGAGGCAAAGAUACAAGCCUGGAUAAACCUGCAGGAUGCAAAGGCAGAGGCUGAGCUGAAGAAGAUGGAGCUGAAAAUAGAGAAAAUGAGGUCAAAUAUGGAAGAUAGGUUAAUGAAGAGGAUGGCAGCGGUUGAGAAGCGAGCAGAGAAGUGGAGAGCAGCAGCAAACGCAAAUCACUCUCACCACAUCUCGCUGGUUUCUCAUAAAGCAGAAAGGAUGAAGGCAACAGAUGACUCCAGCUUUCAUCUCCCUGCUUGCUUCUGUUGACAAACUCACCACCAUCUGCUGCUGGUGAUUGGUCCAGUGCCAGUGGAGCUUAGAUGAUGAAAUAAACUUUCUGGAGAGUAAGGAUCAACAUUGGUUCAUGUACUAUCUAGAAGGUUUCAACUUUGAAAUGCAAUUUAUUCCCAUUCCAAAGUAAAUCUUUUGCUUA